CGAGCGUUUCGUUUCAAUUUCCGGGCUUUCCCCUUCCCCCACCUCUCUUCUUCUUCUGCUCCUCGUUUGCUCACUGGACCAGCGGGAUUGGUCGCUGUUCGAUGGAGGUCUGGCUGCGGCGUGGGGGGUUUCCGCCCGUUCGCUGGGUCUUGGAGGGUCCUGUCGCCGCCUACUGGUUCUGGUGGUCGGAUAGGUGAAGGAUCCGAAGGGGUUUGAGCUGAUCUGUGGUCGUUUGGCUGUCGGCUUGAUCCUAUCUUUGCUGAUCGCUCUGCAACAGCCAAGGCCCAUCUCCGCCUAGCCGGAACAUGUGCGGCGGCCCCGAACGCAUAAGGCCUUCUUCGUCGUCAACCUCGCAGGAAGAGAAGUUCAACAGAAGCAGCAGCAGAGGUGGCGGGUUUGCUGGCGAAGGAAUGAACCACCUCGCCGUGGAGACCGACGACUCGUCCUCGAGCCUUCUCGAGCUCGCGGCGAACAACGAUGUCGGCGCCUUCAGGCGAUCGCUCGACCGCGACCCCUCGGCCGUUGAUGAGGUCGGCCUCUGGUACGGCCGCGAGAAGGGCUCCAACAGGAUGCUCCUCCAGCACCGCACUCCGCUUAUGGUCGCCGCGACUUAUGGCAGCCUCGAUGUCCUCGAACUUCUCCUCUCUUUGCCUUCUUCCGUCGAUGUCAGCCGAGCUGACGGGCAUGACAGAACCACGGCCUUGCACUGCGCUGCCUCAGGGGGUUCUCCCAACGCUGCUGAUGCUGUGAAGUUGCUACUUUCUGCCGGUGCCGACUCUAACUUGGUCGACGCUAGUGGCCACCGGCCUGCUGAUGUGGUUGUCGUGCCCCUAAAGGUGCCUGAUGUGAGGACUGUGCUGGAAGAACUUCUAGGGAGGAGCUCUAAUGGUACAUGCAGGGAUCACCAUCAUCGUGCUCUUCGCACGAUUACGAGGUUAUCGAAGACAGAUUCGCUGCCCCCGUCUUCCUCUCUUGACGAGGACGGAACACCAUCGUCGGACUCGGCUUCUUUCCCUGCGACAAUUGCCAAAGCCCCCGAACUCCAGCCACCUGCCGUGGUGACUGAGAAAAAAGAGUAUCCUGUGGACCCGUCGCUUCCAGACAUCAAGAGCAGCAUCUACGCAACUGAUGAGUUCCGAAUGUACUCGUUCAAAGUCCGACCAUGUUCGCGAGCCUACUCCCAUGACUGGACUGAGUGCCCUUUCGUUCAUCCCGGCGAGAAUGCCCGGCGGCGUGACCCAAGGAAGUAUCACUAUAGUUGUGUUCCGUGCCCUGAUUUCCGAAAGGGAACUUGCAGGAGGGGCGACAUGUGUGAGUAUGCGCAUGGGGUGUUUGAGUGUUGGCUUCACCCAGCGCAGUACCGCACUAGGCUUUGCAAGGAUGGGACUAACUGCUCUCGCCGUGUCUGUUUUUUUGCCCACACUCAUGAAGAGCUCCGCCCGCUGUACAUGUCCACUGGCUCUGCAGUGCCAUCGUCUUCUGCUGCUAUUGAGAUGGCUGCCGCUAUGGGCCUCGUGCCUGGGUCUCCAUCUUCCAUCUCCACUGUGAUGCAUCCUUUCACAUCACCAUUGUCCCCAUCUGGAAAUGGUAUCGGUCACUCUUCAUUGGCAUGGGCUCAGCCGAAUGUGCCUGUGCUUCAUCUUCCUGGGAUCAAUCUCAAGGGGAGCAGGUUACGCACAUCUCUCAGUGCGAGGGAGAUGCCUUUGGAUGAUUUUUCUGCGAUGCCUGAAUUUGAUGCUCAGCAGCUGCUAAAUGAUCCGUCCCACACUUGCCUGAGCCCAUCAAUGGGGAAUUUGAUGGCGCGACCAAAGAUCCUUGCUCCAUCAAAUCUUGAUGACCUUUUCUCAGCUGAGAUUGCCUCGUCUCCAAAGUAUAAUUCUGAUCAAGGUGCAAUUUUUUCUCCAUCCCACAAGGCUGCUAUUCACAGUCAAUUCCAGCCGCAGCAGCAGCAGCAAGGCUUGCUCUCACCAAUUAACACAGUUUUCUCACCCAAAGCCAUGGAAAACCAGCUGCUUCCGGGACGCCCUACCCUGCUGCAUGCCUCACUUGGUGUCUCUUCACCUGGCAUGAUGUCCCCUAGAAGCAUGGAGCCUGCUUCUCCCAAGAGCUCUCAUCUGGCUUUGCUUGGUCAGCAGGAGAAGCAACAGCAGACACUUCGGAGCCUGAGCUCUCGUGAUCUUGGUUCUGGAACAUCCCUGGUUUUUGGUUCUUCUGGUAACUCUUCAUGGUCAAAGUGGGCUUCACCUUCUGGGAUUCUUGACUUGGGAGUGAAUGGUGAAGAGCUUGGCCGUCUCAAUCGAUCAUCUUCCUUUGAGCUGCAGGCUAAUGGCGAGGAGCCUGAUCUCUCAUGGGUCCACUCUUUAGUGAGAGAAUCGCCAUCUGAGGAAGUGGGCACUGCUUCAGUUGCUCCAGCUUGGCCUUCCGGCUUGGGUCCUGCUGCUGAUGGAGUUGAGGACUCCAAUUGGGGAGACUUCUACAGAUUCGCAGCCUGUUUCUUUGAGCUGUUCAUGAAGCAGCAGCAGCAGCUGAAGCUUUGGAGCUUUGCUAGAGAAAUCCUGGGAGGAUCAACACAUUGCCGCUGUCUUCGGUGGCAGCUGUUUCGCUGGACGCCAGAGUGGAGAGCAGCAAGUGGUCGAGCGAUGGAAGCUGCGCCAGGUGAAUCCGAUAAGGGAAGGGCGGGUUCUGCGGAUGUUUCGAGCAUGACGAGUUCGGGGGUUGAACGAAGAGAGAAGCCGAGGAAGACUGGCUUCUAUAUCUUCUUCUUGGACAUCAGGCGAGUGUUCAGGCUGGACGAGCUGGGGCAGGAGAUUCUGAGGAUUGCAGUGCCUGCAGCACUGGCUUUAGCUGCUGAUCCACUUGCUUCUCUGGUUGACACUGCAUUCAUCGGCAGACUAGGCUCGGUGGAGAUCGCUGCCGUAGGCGUUUCUAUUGCCAUUUUCAACCAAGUUUCAAAGAUAUGUAUUUACCCUCUUGUUAGCGUCACAACAUCCUUUGUGGCAGAGGAAGAUGCAAUCAUGAGCACAUGUGUUGAAGAAGUGAAAGGUGAAGACUUGGAAAAGGCAUGUCCUGCAAAUGCUGAAACAGAAGAGCUCCCUCCUUGCGAUGAUUCUGAGAAGAUAGGGUGCACUGCAUCUUUUGUUCCGAAAUUUUGUGGAGGAUUUGGCGGCAACCGCAGAUACAUUCCUUCGGUUUCUUCAGCCCUGAUCGUUGGUGGAGUGGUUGGACUUCUUCAGGCUGUUUUCCUUAUUUUUGCAGCAAAAUUCGUGUUGAGAAUUAUGGGUGUGAAUUCUGAAUCACCUAUGCUUGCCCCAGCAUUGAGGUAUUUGACAUUAAGAUCUCUUGGUGCACCUGCUGUUCUCUUGUCAUUAGCAAUGCAAGGGGUUUUUCGAGGAUUUAAGGACACUAAAACUCCUCUGUAUGCAACCGUGGUCGGAGAUGUCAGCAACAUCAUUUUGGACCCAGUCUUGAUGUUUGUUUUCCAUAUGGGUGUCAGUGGUGCAGCUAUUGCUCAUGUUAUUUCUCAGUACCUCAUAACACUGAUACUACUAUGUAGACUAGUGCUGAAAGUUGAUAUCGUGCCGCCUAGUAUAAAAGCCCUGAAAUUUAGACGAUUUCUGAGAUGUGGAUUUCUGCUGUUGGCACGGGUGAUAGCCGUAACAUUUUGUGUCACACUAGCAGCAUCAUUGGCUGCACGCCAUGGACCGACUUCUAUGGCAGCUUUCCAGGUCUGCUUGCAACUUUGGUUGGCAACAUCUCUUCUUGCUGAUGGAUUAGCUGUCGCAGGGCAGGCAAUACUUGCCACAUCAUUUGCCAAAGGAGAUCAUGACAAGGUUGUCGUUGCUACAGCUCGCGUCUUGCAGUAUAGCAUUCUAUUGGGGAUUGGUCUCACGGUUACGCUUGGAGUAGGAGUUCAAUUUGGAUCUGGUAUAUUCACCAAGGACAUGAAUGUGCAGAGAAUAAUCCACAAAGGCCUCCCAUUUGUUGCCGGAACGCAAACAAUCAAUUCCUUGGCCUUCGUAUUUGAUGGAAUCAACUUUGGAGCAUCUGAUUACACAUAUUCUGCAUAUUCUAUGGUUGUAGUGGCUUCUAUUAGCAUUCCCUGCCUUAUAUACCUCUCCUCAACUCAUGGAUUCAUUGGAAUCUGGAUUGCACUAACAAUCUACAUGAGCAUAAGGACAUUUGCCAGUGUUUGGAGGAUGGGAGCAGCAAGGGGGCCAUGGACUUUCCUAUGGAAAUGAUACAUGUCCUAUCUCAACAGGAUCUACUUUUUGUUUGAAGAAGGCAGCUAUAUACAUAUGUAUAGAAUAAAAAGAUUUAGUGAGCAUGUCCCCCUUCUUUUCUCUCUUUUUUUUCUUGAUCCUUGUAGGUUUUGGUGAUCCCCUCAACCAUCUUAAAGACAAAAGAAAAAGGAAGAAAAAAGAGAUCAACAACAUCAUAGCCAUGCUCAUUUGUUACUUGAGCUCAAAGAGUAGCAGCAUAACCUAAUGAAAUCUUCUACUUAUCUUGGUGAAUAAAACACCUUUGUGCUUGUCUUGUAAGAGUGACAUUGUAGCUGCAUAUGAUUGGGUGUUGCAUUCA